AUCGGCGUGCAUAAUCUUGAUAACAAAUCAACAGUUUUAAAGUGAUUAUAAAUGCAAUAAAAAGUGAACGCGAACGGUAAAUAUUGUGCUUUUGGGUGAGGAUUAAAACUUGGAUAGCAGUCAUGAUGAUGGAAAACUUAGAUCACGUAUAUUGCAAUACCGCGUCCACCGAUGUCAGCGGUAAAGAUUCUCCGGAACAAAUCAGUCUUUUCAAAGAGGUGAAGCAAUUGCAAUCGAUUCUGUUGCUCCACCUGGAUCUGAUUCAGGAGCAAAGUGAUCAGAUUCUUGCCAAAGAUAAGCUGAUAAUAAAACUGAAGGACGAAAAUGAGCUUCUCAAGCAUCAGCUAGAACUGGUUAACAAACGAUUGCAGCAAAUGAAGCACAAGGAACUUGUUUCGCUUACCAUUCCAGUUAGAAAUGUCCCUGUUGAUAAAGUGUAUGACUUUAACCAUCGCGUAAUUCCACGCAUCGCAACAGAACCAACGCCUAAUGAUAAUAUUUUGGAAGUGUCCAGCACCGUAACAAACAUAAAGAAGGAAGUGAUAUCACACGAGUAUGAUAAUUUUGACGCAAUUUGUCACGAUUUCGGAGGAGAGCUUGAGUCCGAUAUUAAAAUUGAAAACAAUGAAAUUGAGGAGGAAAUUUUUCUCAAUUACUCAAAGUCGGACGAUGAAUCGGGGCCUUCUAACGACGGACCAGUGACAGAAAUCGACUCGGCGACAGAAGAGCGUCCUCCCAGCAGCAGUACACCGAUUAGUUACGGCGUCAGCAUUGCAUCGUUUGAAAACAUAACCAAUACUCUCGAAUCCACUAGUGUCAACAGCAACAGCAAUAACAACAACAACAGUGGUAACGUAAAUAGUCAAGUGCAAGCUGCUGCACAGCCAUCAGCAAAAGAUGUUACAAUCAGCAGCGAUGAGAAAACUAACAGCUAUAACUUGAUUUGCUCUUCGGGAAAUUCUUCCGAUGGAAGUUUAAUGAAAAAAUCUUGCCGAACAUCAUAUAUGAUUACACAAAAGCCGUAUAUAACGUGCAAUUGGAAGGACGAAGCAAUUACUAAUGAAUUAGAGCGGUUACUGGAGAAUGAAGCAGCUGAGCUGGAAAUUCCCUGCUGGACAAUUGUUGAAGAAAACUACGGCAGUAAUAUCGAACAAACCUCGGAAAAUAUAAGUGACGAAGCAUACAUGAAGCGUCAUUCAAAAUUUGAAUUAGACGAAAGACGCCGCAAGAAGUGGGACGUUCAACGAAUUCGAGAGCAAAAAACUAUCGAACGGCUUAAGAAAAGGCACUUAAAAACGGACGCGGACAGUGAGCAGAAAAACAUUGGAUCAUUCUACCCGUCAAUCGAAACCGUUAAAUACAUUCACAUUACCGAAGAGCUCCCCGUGCAAGCGUUUGGUGAACCAAUUCCGAUGCUUUCGCCCAGUACCUUCAGCCUACCCUGGAUGACGAGAGGCUUGGAUACGACCGAAAGUGUAACGCCGUCAGAGUUUGGUCCCGGGCCGCUGUUUAGUGCUUCGACAAUUUCUUCUCCUGUGCUGACUACAGCAGCAUCAACCUCAUCAGCACCGGCAACACUCAGUACCACCACCACGCAGGACAGCAAAACUAAGUUUCAGCACCGCCUGGCACCGAAUCUACACACACAGAAGCAACGGUUUACUAAACGUAUAAAGAAGGAAACUUAAGCGGUUCGGAUUAUUUGAGAGGUCAAGUGCUUUAACAAGGAUCUACUUGCAGUGAUUAAGAGCUGAUAUGAUUAAGGUGAAACCAAUAAGAACGUUUGAUUUUCUAAUAGGAUUAGGGAUAAAACAGUGUACAGAUUGUGUCGUAAUAA